AGUGUUUUACCUCACCCUUCCAUCUCAUCGUUAGUUGCCAACUUUCCCUUGCACCGGUAAUACAAAGAAAAGAAACGAAGUGAAAACAUUCACCGAAUAUUUGGAUUUAGAAGUUGGAACUUAGAAGCAGGAGUCCUGCUAAUUGUUCUCGUCCAUGCUUCCUUCACUCCUUAUUUUUCCUCCGAAUUUGAUUGCACAUUUUUAAUUCUUCAAUGAUGAUCAGGGCAUUCAAUUUUCUUCGGUUCUUAGUGGGGGUUUUCCUCUAUCUGGUACCAUGUUCUUACGGGGAAUCCUCAACGUGUCUCAUGGUUUACAAGGAAGGUGGUGCACCCGCAGUUUUUCAAUCCCCAAAGUGUCCUCGCUGGACUCUAUCUACCGAUGCUGUACGAAGACGAACGGAGAAUUGUCAGUCUGCCAUGCUUCAGGGGAGGAGGAAGUAUCAGGAGGAUCGCAUCGUCUGCGCUCUCGACGUGCGGAUCCCGUUUCCGGGAAGUGCUGGGACUAAGGAGGUUACGGUUGGAAUUGUGGGAGUUUUUGAUGGUCAUAAUGGUGCCGAAGCUAGUGAGAUGGCAUCAAAACUUCUGUUGGAGUACUUUUUUCUCCACAUAUAUUUCCUUCUAGAUGGUAUAUACUCUGUUGCCUUGAAGAAACCAACAGGAAGGUUGCCAUACAAGGGAGAAGCAGGUUUGGAUUUUCAAGUCCUCAAUUGGGACGAAAGACAAAAUCAGCGUGAUUUAGGUGCUGGAAGCGAUGGAUCAUUUCACAUGGAAAUAUUGAAGGAAUCAUUAUUGAGGGCAAUCCAUGAUAUAGAUGAAAAGUUUUCCAAGGAAGCUUUGAGAUAUAACCGUGAUUCGGGAUCUACAGCCACUGUGGUUCUUAAGGUUGAUGGACAAAUUUUAGUAGCUAAUGUUGGAGACUCAAAAGCUCUUCUAUGCUCAGAAAAAUUGCAGUCUUCUCAAGAAGCUAGAGGCAAUUUAUCAAAAUUCUAUAGAAGGAAAAGACAGAAUGGUGCUAUAAUUCCUAUAAAUGAUAACGAAAAAUUCAGGCUAGCUGCUUCCAAUGGAUUGGUGCAUUUUUUUGUUAAGGAACUGACCAGAGAUCAUCAUCCUGACAGAGAUGAUGAAAGGUCUAGGGUGGAAGCUGCAGGCGGUUAUGUUGUUGAUAGAGGUGGUAUCUUUCGAGUCAAUGGUGAAUUGGCUGUUUCUCGAGCUAUUGGUGAUGUGCCCUUUAAAAGUUAUGGUGUUAUACCUACACCAGAAGUGACAGAUUGGUUACCUUUAACUUCCAAUGAUAGCUACUUGGUGAUCGCAUCUGAUGGCAUAUUUGAAAAGCUAACCACACAGGACAUUUGUGAUCUCUUAUGGGAUGCAGACAAGCAAAUCCAUGUUCACUCAGAACUUGUUUCUUCAUGCAUGCAUUCAUUAGCCGACUGUAUAGUGAAUACUGCUUUUGAGAGAGGCAGUAUGGAUAACAUGGCGGCUAUUGUGGUUCCAUUGAGACCAACUGCUUUUUCCAGGACUCUGAUAAAAGAUAGCUAUGAUAGAGAGAGGAGCAUUGAAACCUCAACUUUCGAACUGCAGAAGCUCAUCGAGUCAACCGAUUUCAAAUUGUCUGGCCUUGUAUCAAUGGAGUAUGCUCAUCAAACUAUGGGGAACUUCAAAAGGUUAUUGGUUGAAGGAAAACAUGGUAGACUUGGUUGUUUCUAUUUGUCAGAAAAUCUCAAUGAGAACAUGGAUUAUGCAUUUCGUAUUCAAAAGGAUGACCAGAAAGAUGAUAUGUAUAAUUUACAUCAAACUCUGCCUCAAGCUCUUGGGCAUCAGCAUGGUGGUCCUUUGAAUUUUUAUAAUGACCAAAGUUUGUGUUUACACUUUGGCAUGGAUAUUGAAGAAGAGUAUGUUUAUAAUGUAGAAAGCUAUAUGUACUUGAAUUUAGGUUCACAAAGUAAUUCAUCUGGUCAUCAUGAUUAUCAUGAUGGUCCUUGUGAUGACAGUUCAUUCAUUUUGAAGCGUAUAAUGAAAAUUGAUGCCUCCUACUGGUACAACUUGAGUAGGCCCAACUUGGCCCAACUCAAUUGGGCUGGGCUUGGAAUUUUGGCCUUUGGUCUGGGAAUGGGCCUGAAAAUUCAGGCUGACUCAGCACAAAUUGGGCUUAGAUUGAAUCAUUGA